GGCAUUGGGUUUUUUGCCUGCCUGCCUGCCUGACAGCCAGCCAGCCCUCCUUAUUCUGCCUCUGUGUAGGAGCUACAGCUUUUUGAGGUGGGAGCAGAGGCAUGUACCCCAGAAAUAGGCCGUCUACGCAGAACCUCAGAGCUUGCUGGCCUUCGCACUGCCUUGCUUCCUGCCCACAUCCUCAGUGACAGCAGCUGAAGCAAGGCUGGCGGAAGACAUUUGGCCCCUGAGGUGAACUACAAAAUGGCACCCCUUUUCUUUCAGGGAAAAAGGGGUGAAUGAAGGUGUCAAAUGAACCUUAUCUGACAGCUGAACUGUCAAUCAAAGGCCGUGGCAGGAGUGGAGAAGAGGCCCGCUCUGAAUCACGAUGGGUGGAGGCAUAGCCCAGGAGACACCCCCAGCGGGCAGCCAGCCCCUAAGGGUAGCAGGAGGCCUAUGUUCUUAGGUUCAUUAAUGCAGAGAGACACAAUCUUGCCUCUGAAACACCCAGGCUGAGGUAAAAUACAAGGUUUUUAAGCUGCCACCAUGGAAUCCAACAGGUCCAGUGCAGCAGAAAUGUUCUCCCACACAGCCCCCAUUGAAAGGAAUGGGACCUGCACCAGGUGCAGAUGUUUGGUUUUUGUUAUUUUUUUAAAGCACUCUGCUUAUGCCCAGAAGUUCCUUUGCCCACCCUUCCAGAACUCAGCUGGGCUAUUUCAAGCAUGUUCUUCUGACGCUGAAUCUCAGCUCCUGGUUUUAAUUCCCCCGCCCCACACAAGGUAGGGUUUUUUUGUGGGAGGGCGAAUGCUGGGACACGGCCCCCAGAAGCUGGCGCGUGAUGCUGCCUCUCCAAUUCCUCUGAGGGAAGGCACAAGCCUGCCUGUGAAAAAUGCCAAGGUCACAGCAGUGUUGGGGGAGAGGCAGAUAAAAGUGGGUUCUCACAGUCCCUCUGCUUCCAUCCUUGCUCUGCCCAAGCCAGUUUCGCCCGCCUAGUCUAGCUGGCAUUCUUGGCCAGGCUAGGCUACCCUGCACCCCCGCUGUUCUCUCCCCCCUGGCUUUGCCCGCCUGGCUUGGCGUGGCACCCUGCUGGCGUGCGCCAUGUUCCACCUGGUGCUUGUGAGUGGGUUGCUGACAGGGGUGUCGUCGUGGGGGUCCUUCGCCCUCGUCCGGGAGUCCAGCCUUGAUGAAGAACAGCCGCUCGAGUCGUCUGUCGUUACCCUCAAUGAGAGCUGCAAGGAGCGGGCCCUCCAGGAAGUGGGCUCUGCCACGCUCCGGUUGCUCCGGUUGGACAGCCCCCCCAGGAUCGCAGCUGGCACAAGGAGGCAGGCGCAUGAAGCUUGGGAAAUGAUGGAACUGCCGGAUCUGUCCAGUGGGGGGCAGCAUUUCAAUCUUUCGUCCAAUGAGACACUGCUGGUCCGAAGAGAAAGCUGCACCCAAAUUUCCCACCACGUCACGUUGGAAGAUCUUGGCUGGCAAAGCUGGGUGCUGCACCCGGUCUCCUUCGUCUUCACCCAGUGCCUCGGGUGCCGCUGCCGACGAAAGGACAAGGCCCCUCCGCUGGCCCUUUGGAUUCAAGACUGCGGACUUGAGCAGCCGAGCCGUCGGCCAGAUGGGCAAGCCAAGCAGAGACACUGCUGCCAGACCCGCCGGGCACCGGUGCCCUUCGUGUUCCUCAAAGAGGACGGCUCGUUGGUCAUUCGAGCAAUCCGCCUGGAACGAGACUGCCACUGCCGCCCCUGAGGCUUUGCCCCCAUCCUGGCUGGCGUGGAAGGCGCCCCACGCCGAGGGUGACGGGAAUUUGUAACAGAGGACUGCUGGAGAAUCAACAGAGGACGCCCCCAAUUGGCAGUUGCCCAUGUUGGGGCAGAGCAGUGGAAGAACCUUUCUCCCACAAGGGACAUUAAUGGGGUGAGAAGGGAGUCCGUUUCUCUUCAUGCUUGGUUGCUGCAGAGGAAACCUCUGAUCCAAAUACAAUCGGAGAAUACUAUCCCCUUCACAAGUUGCUGGGACUUCAACUUUCCAUUAUCCCUCACUGCUGGCCAUGCUGUCCAGAGAUGAUGGGAUUUGGAGUCCCAACAAUUUCUGGAGGGCCACGGGUUCCUCAUCCUGGAAACAAAAGAUAACCUUCAACUGAUUUUGCUGUUGAAGGUCACCAAAGAAUUGUGAUAUAUAUAUAUAUACCAUUACAAAACUGCAACCCAAAGGCAGCGUCUCUGGGGGAUAAGUUACUUCAUCACCGAGUGAAGUUUGUACUUCCGUAGCUCAUGAAAGGGCCUCCAUAGUGGUGGCUCCCUGGCAUUGGAAUGACUUCCUUCCUGAGAUCCAGCUGGUGUUUGGGCACCAGCUGAAAACUUACCUCUUUAGCCAGGCUUUUUAUGACAUGGGUUCUUGAUGUAUUAAGCCACUGACUUUUGUAGUAAGGAGGGUAAGUUGUCAUACUGCUUGAUUUCAUAUUAAUAUUUGUUUGUUUACUGGAAUUGUUGUACUGUUAAGUUUCAUUUUAUAUUUGAUAUACCCUGAUUCAGGAUGGUUUGCGUGUUGAAGGACAGGGUGAAAAUGAAUCUCUUUUGAGUUGUACCUUACAAUGAGCUUGCCCGUCUCUUCCCGUUAUUUGGCCCUUGCAGGUCCUAUGGCUUCCCUAGUCUGGUGCCCUUUCAGAUGUUUUGGACUACAAUUCCCAUUAGCACAAACCAACACAGCCAGAUCAGGGAGUUGUAGUCCCACAGCAUCUGAUAGGAAAGGGCUGCCCUUAACACUACAACUAGAUCUGCAUACAAGUACCAUCUCCAUGCCAUCGGAAACAUCUUCUGUUGGUUUUUGCAGAUCAAGCUGCUGAUAAAUGCACAGGAGCAGGUCAGGCUGUUUUUCUUUUUGAUAAGUUGGCAACCCUGUCAUAUAAGCAUGGUUGACACCCAUAGAAUAGAAUGUUAACGUUGGAAGGGGCCUCAAAAAAGUCAUUUAGUUCAAUAAGAAGAAUGAGAUUGGCAGCAAUUAGAAAAACUCAUCCCUGGUAUGUGAGUGAAGGAAACUCCUCUGACUGAGUUGUGACAGUUAAACAGGCAAGGAAUUAAGUUUAAUUUUUUGUUAUGGACAUGGCCACAAAGUCAAUGGCUGCAGUUCUGGCAAGGGCACAGGGUGAAGGGGGCAAAUUUUGUAUCUUAUCCAUAUAAAGAAAUGCAUGCAGAUUUAACACUAAAAAUGUAUUGACUAUUUUAAUACAA